AUGCCGCUGUUCAUCGAGGACAAACAAGUUGGCCCAAUCGAUUCGAUAGAGGACCUCUACUGCAAAUAUCCAAGUUUAAAGGAAAGCGCCAAAGCGUUUCUCUCUAAGCCAGUUGUUUCUGUCGAUCCAAAGAGCCUCCUGUACGUUCAACAAAGGGAGGUUGCUGCAACAACUAAAGGAGACAAACAUGUUUCGGUCAUCGGAACAGAAGAUGCGACCACCUGUCAUAUGGUCGUGCUGCGACACACUGGAACUGGAGCUGUUGCUUUGGCUCACUGUGACGGUUUCAACACCCCCCGUCAAGUCUCACUGAUUGUGAAAGCAGUCACAUCACUCAGUGGUCGCUUCCAUGAGGGCAGACUCGAGCUCCAUGUGGUUGGAGGAUUCGAGGACGACAAAAAACUAUCAGAAAAAAUCAGCCAUGACCUUCUGACGAUGUUCCAGAACCAGGACUUGAACAUCUAUCUGGAAACAUGCUGCACCACAGAAAUGAAUGACGUCCUUGUUGAUGGAAUUCAUAAACCCAUAAUAUAUGGAAUAGGUGUCAAAGUUGAAACUGGUGAAGUGUUCCCCGCAUCCUUCACUUUCAAAGGUCCUGCAGAGAACCUGCGAUCAGCACGGAGAUUCACUAAGGGAGAGAUGGUUGAAAUCUAUGAACCAAACCAGGGGAUUGUUAAAGUCGGCCCAUGCUCGUGGCCACCACAGCCAGACCUGAUCAAAUGGAUGACAAUGACCGACAAAGAAAUAUUAGAGGCUCUCUCCACGUCUCCCAAGGCUGAACCCUCGGACUUCGUCAGAAGCAUUAAGGCCACCAUGUGGUUCAUUCUUGACCAUCCCAACCCUGACAGUCUGUUCCCGGGGGACCAACCACAGCGCUACCGCAAGACGGACUGCGGGGACUGGGACCGGAUCGUCCAGCCAUGAAGUCCCUCACUCAGCCUCAACAUGCUUUCUAACUGUAGGUUUCUCCUCCACUGUGGGGAUACAAAAUCUGCAGGCUACACUUUCUGCUUUGGUGUGAUGAUCUGAGGUUACUGUUCACAUUUUGUUGACUUGUGUGGGACUCAAGUGGAGCUUUUAAUUCAGAUUCAGCCUUUUUUUCUCCUUUAAACUGCAGAAUAAGAUUACAGUGCAGAGUAAAGAUAAUAUUGACCUUCAAUUCUCAGUUACUUUGCAACAAGCUUUUCAAAAAUUGAUUUUAAAAAAUCCUUACUGCAUGUUUCAUACACUGAUUUUAACCCCAAAAAAGUAACACAAAUAUAGUAUAAAUAUUAUUAAUCUUGAAAUAAGUAUGAGAAAUGUGAUCAAGUCUUUAUGAAUUCAAAAAUCAAGGAAAGAUUUGCAUAAUGGCAAGGAGCAAUUUCGAAUAAAUCUAAAUAAAUUUAUUUUGACACUUUGAUGUGAACAUAAUUCUCUGUGGUGAAGUUUUUUCUGCUUUUCUGUAAAGCACCUUCCUGGUGACAGUGCAUUAUCCUGUUUUUCUCACGGAGCUUUAUUCCUCUGAAUGUGUGUCUUUUUAUCUGCAUGUGUAUUGUGAUUUUAUUUUUUUUUUUUUUGCAACAAACUGCAUGCACUUAACAGUGAGACAACUUCCAAAUUUGGUGAUUUUGAAAUGCUGCGGGGAACAUAAAUGAUCUUUUAAUGAGUUGCUGUCACUUGAGACUUUUAACAUUCAUUGUAACUUGUGAAUAUAGUUUACCUGUUGCAAAAUAAAUGUAAAAACUCUCAGAUCU